UCCCACCCAGAGAAGCUUCAAAGUCCACACCGCUGCAUACAUCAAAGACGCCGAUUGGCCAGUCGGCCCCUUGUACCAAUCCCAAUGUCCCUCUGAUUGGUCCGCUGCACCGUCAGUCAGGCGGGAGACGCCCCUCCAUCCGAGCCCGCUUCUCCCUCUCCUCCUCCCGCAGCAGGUUGGGUUGAGCGGUCUGCUAGGGGACCGUGGACAGCUCCCGUCUGAGAAGCAGAGUAACGCAGGAGGAGGAGAGGGCUGGAUAUGGGGGAGCCACCGCACAGGCCCGUACGAUCGAGAUAAAAACAUUUUUUUUUUUUAUGUGCACCUACCGGGGAAAAUACACAAAGACACCGAGCUGGAGAGGCCUUAGGAGGACGAGGAAACAACCGAGGAAGUGAGGAAAAAGGGGGAAUACGGCUACUGACCCAUCCCGGCGCAUCAGGGGAGAAGCAGCGAGAGAAAGGAGGAGAAGAAGGAGACAUAAUUCCGCUCGACCCGAUGGACUGAGAGGACAGAUGAAUGAAGACUGCCUACACUAACGCCUAUCGAUGCCUGGCCAAGGACCUGGACGCUUAUGCCAUGAACACGGACAUGACAAUGGACGGCAUUGGCAGCCUGCAUGGCGGGGUUUCCGUGAGCUCCGUGGUCCCUGAUGUGGAGCUGAUGAGCGGCCACAGCCCGCACCACGGCCGCGGAAGCUCGUCGGGGGGACACGGGGCAGCGGCGGCAGCGGCGGCCACCCUGCGGAUACACCAGGACCUGGCCGCCGCCGCCGCGUCAUCCCGCUCUGCCAUGGUGUCCGGCAUGGCCACGAUACUGGACGGCAGCGGGGAGUACCGUCCGGAGCUGUCCCUGCCGCUGCACCACGCCAUGAGCGUGCCCUGCGACACGUCCUCUCCCGGGAUGGGGAUGAGCGGCACCUACACCACCUUAACCCCGCUGCAGCCGCUGCCCCCCAUCUCCACCGUGUCGGACAAGUUUCACCAUCACCACCAUCACCACCACCACCAGCGGCUCUCCGGGAACGUGAGCGGGAGCUUCACCCUGAUGCGGGACGAGCGGGGGCUACCGGGCAUGAACAACCUCUACAGCCCGUACCACAAGGACCACAUGUCCGGGAUGGGUCAGAGCCUUUCCCCGGUGCUGGGUAACGGCCUGGGUUCCAUACACAACACCCAGCAGGGUCUCCACAAUUACGGCAACACGACGCACGGAGGCCACGAUAAGAUGCUGAACUUCGACGCGCACCACACCGCCUCAAUGCUGGCCAGAGGGGACCACCACCAGCACCGAGGCCUCGGUGGGCCGGCGGCCGGGAUGAUGUCGCACCUGAACGGGAUGCACCACCCGGGGCACCCGGCUGUGUCCUCGGCGGGCCACCACCCCCACCCCCACCUCCAGUCUCCAUCCCACGGGCCCGUGUUGGCUUCCACCAGGGAAAGACCGCCCUCCUCCUCGGGGAAUCAGGGGGUGAACAGCUCGGGGCAGCUUGAGGAAAUCAACACCAAGGAGGUUGCGCAGAGGAUCACGGCGGAGCUGAAGAGGUACAGCAUCCCCCAGGCCAUCUUCGCCCAGAGGGUGCUGUGUCGCUCCCAGGGGACCCUGUCGGAUCUCCUGAGGAACCCCAAACCCUGGAGUAAACUUAAGUCGGGCAGGGAGACCUUCAGGAGGAUGUGGAAGUGGCUGCAGGAGCCCGAAUUUCAGAGGAUGUCGGCCCUCAGACUGGCAGGUGGAAGUACCUCCAGUUACUCACAGCUACCAGAGCUUCAUGAUGAUCAACACAAGUCCAGUCAGGAAAUGCCAGCGUGCAAACGGAAGGAGCAGGACACAGCGAAGGACCGCAACAACACGCCAAAGAAGUCGCGGCUGGUCUUCACCGACCUGCAGCGGCGCACCCUGCUGGCCAUCUUCAAAGAGAACAAGCGGCCGUCCAAGGAGAUGCAGCUCACCAUCUCGCAGCAGCUGGGCCUCGAACUCACCACCGUUAGCAACUUCUUCAUGAAUGCCCGCCGCCGGAGCCUGGACAAAUGGACAGACGACGGAGCAAGCCCCGGCGCCCAAUCUUCAGCGUCCAGCACUUGUACCAAAGCGUGAUAAUAGACGGCAAGGAGGGGAGGGAAGCGACAGGGAGGGGUCCUGGGCGGGGUGGGACGGGGUGAUGGAGAUACGGGGAGGGAUGGAGGGGUUGAGGGCACGGGUCGAGGUUUUGUCCGGUUGAAGCGAGGAGGAAAACCUAACUUUUUACAUUUUUUUGUUUGUUUGUCUGUUUUGCUUUUGUCGAGCGCGACAAACUGAGAAAGGGGCUGCUCACUGCGACGAAUUGUUUGUAGCCUAACCGCCUAUUGCAAAUCCAUCGUGAAUCCAUAAUGAAGCUGAAGGGUAAACUCACUUAUAAAAACCUAGAAACCUCACUGGGAAAAAUAAACUUUUAAAUCAUAGAUUUUUCACUGCAGAUGUCUCCUUUAGGACAAAAGGCUGACACACUAGCCCAAAUACCAAAGACUAGAAGACAAUGUAUGUUUUCUAUUAUGCAAUAUAUAAGCUAGGAACCAACCAACCAAAUACGAAACCAAUGAAAGCUUUAUGUCCGCAGAAUGUGCAAGAAGCUCUGGGAUAAGAUCAAAAAGAUUCUCUGCGGAAAUGUCGUAGUAUUUUUACCUACAAAUGUCCCAAAGAUGGCAAUAAUGCAUCUGUUUGGGGCAGAGUUGAAGGCUUUCACAUUCAGAAGUCGGAUUCCAGAGAUUGCACAGUCAAAUUUAGGAAGCUUUUAUGUUUUUUUAACUAAACCAAAGAUGUAUGAGGGUCCACUUUCUAGCUUGGACAGUGUGCUGAGUUAGCAGACUGGAAAAGCGAGUGGACUUUACGUUAAAAUGAUUUCGUCACAUACAAUGAUUUAUUUAUCUAAAUCAGUAGGUAGAGGGUUCAACUUGUCAGUUUAUGUAUCUGUUCAUUAAUGGCUGCGUGAUGGAGAAAAAAAACUGUCCAAUAACUGUGUUCAUUUGGCUGUGCAGUCUCCGAUUUGAACUGUCAGGCUCACAAACACUAACAGAAAAACCAAAGCUUGUUUGAGAUCAGAAUUGAAGAGUUGGCUUCCAAAAUAUUCUAUAUCCAUUUAAAAAAUUGAUCUCUGGAAUAUAUAUAAUCCAGGUUGUAGAUGGAUUAUUAUUUUUCUUACAUAGUGACAAUGUAACCAACUUUUUUUUUUUUCUCUAAAAAGAGCAACAUGUAGUGAUUUGACUCUUUAAAGGGGGCAGUGAGGAUUCCUAAAGUUAGGAAAAGGCAAAAUAUGCAAGCACAAAAAACAAGAAACAAAAGCAUUCGCCGACAUGUAGAAUUACAAGCUUUCUCUCUCAGCAUACUUAGCAUCAGUGGAGUAUUAUUAUAUAUGAAUAUAUACAACGUAUGUGAGCACAAUCUUGAAGCACAUUUUCUUUGCAAUAGAACCGGGGCUCUCUGCCAAGCCGAGUGGUCUUCACAUCUUAGAAAACUCAGGAUACCAUUUUUUCUAAACAGUGGCUGAAAUCCAUUCGGCAUCUGUCGUUACACACUUUAAUGUACGGAUGCACAUACACACACGUAGCUACACUCUGUUGCAAACAAGCAAAUACACGUGCUUUACAGAAACACACACAACUUUAAAGAGUCAUUUCCCAAACGUUCCCCAGAAUUCCCACCCUGACCGAAACAUUGUCAGCGAAACCAAAGCUAACCAAAGUUUACCCUGGCUUCACCCACCCAUCAUUUGUUACCAUGCUAACUCAUCCAUUAGGGCAGCGUUUCCAUCUAGAAUCUUUGCAUAAGUUAGAAUAAAGAUGCUAUUAACACCACUAAAAUCUGGUGCUGUUUGACGAUGACAGCAGCAACGGAAUUUUUUAACAAUUUGAGGCAAAUGUGUGGUGAACUAAAGGUAGAUUUGAGAUUUGAAGGCAUAUUUUUUAAAAUGCACAAACUCCACAUGCAUCUUCUUUACAGUUACAGCUCUCUUUCAGAGCCCAAACACCAAAUCCAGUCUAUGAUUUUGCCCCUAUUUAGAUCGGUGUUAAAUAAAAUGGGGGAAAUCCCUGUUCAUAAAUAAAAUUUCUUUAGACACAGAACAACCACAGCGUCCAGAGAAUCCAAGAGCCAAGAGAGUGCUGAGCUUUCAGAGCUCCUUGGCUAUCAAUAAAUCAGCAGAAGCUGCAGUUGCACACAAAUUGGUUUCUUGAGCCAUUUCUGCCAAAGUUUUGUGAAAUGAGCACGGACAGCACAGAAAAAGAAGCAGUUUGACACUUGAGGCCUAGGUAUGCUUCAAACAUGUUGUCUGACUACAUCUAAAGCCCAAACUGUUUAUACCUGCUCCAAAUGGCCACAUUCGCCCCAUCAUAGAGAGGGGCGAGGUCCAAUAAAUCAUACAAAUCAUACAAUCUGUCCUCAAAGGCAUCAAUGGUAUUGGACUAUACACGAAAAGUGAUUGAAGUAGUUGUAGUGAAGUAGAAGUAGUAGUGAAGAAUGUAAAAGGAGAACUUGAGAUAGAAGUUCAAACCUCACAUACCGUCACACCUGAGCACACCUGGCCAAUCACUGUGUAAAGGGGAGUGAUUGUCGGAUUGUCUGUUUCGGAAAGUUACCUAAAUUGUCAAACGCGGCUCUCCAUUAUUCCAAUCUAGGAAAGAGAGUUUGUUCGAAGCGUACGCCCCUUUUUACAGAAGAGCUGUCUAGUUUUUAGCUAAUGUGAUCAAAAACUCAAAUCUUACCUUACUCAACACAUAAUGCUUGAAGAUUGACACAAUAUUUCAGUGUCCAUGUCCAGAGCCUGUGCAUCUUUUACAAAUUUUUGACUUCAUUGGUUCAUCAUUGCUGAAAGAGGUCCUUGGUUGAAACUUUCUGAGAGCCUCGCGGUUUGACCUGUUGGUUUAAAUCCAGGGGUAGAACUAAGAUGCUUUUUGGAAGCCUAGAGCUGCCAUCACAGAAACCCUAAAAAACUAACCACAAACUCUUACUGCAUCAAGUGACAGACACAACAGCAGAACCAGUAAACCGCCUGAACCCGUGGAGGACGAACUGUCCAGGCGAAUCAGGGCCUUUGUAAUAGUUAAAAGAGGACAAUCUUAAGACGAUGCCUGGCAGGUUCGUCUCUUCCAGAGGGGUCAGCGGGCUGGAAAUCGGAAAGACAGGUAUUGACGCUGCAAACGCUAAUAAGGUUAUAUAUUCAGGCUUCAAAUUGGGUUCAUUCAUCAAGAUGAGAAAAUGGAACUUUUUCCACUUGUAAAUUAACUUGUUUCCUUGUUGACGGUGGUGACAUUUACCACUCAACAGUUGUUUUUGAGACAAAAGAUUUCGAGGAGAAAACUCGAGAUUAUACUCAAAAUGGAAUUUGUUUGCAGCGUAGUAGAGUUGGAUGCUCGGUAAAAAAGGACACAUGGACUGAGACACAGAGGCAAACUUUCCCUGUCUGACCGUCCUAGUGUCCAGACAAACUUCACCAAAGCAUCCAUUGCUACCAAAACCCACAACAACCCAUUGGUUUUUACUUUGAUACCCUCACACUGUACAGCCUUUACACAUGAUGUAAAUACUAACACACCGCCACCACCUCCUACUCCAUUUUAACAGCCUGUGCCAUCAGCAAUCACCUCAUCAAUCAUCUCUCACUCAAGCUAUCGAACCAAAAAUAAAACCAAAAACCAAAGGAAAGGCGUUAGUGAGCAGCCCCUGCUCCUUAGAAACCCUAGGCUGAGUCCCAGUCUGGUUAGAGGCAAGCCAAAGGCUUUAAGAACGAUGAUUAAAAAAAAAAAAAAAAAAAAAAAAAUGGACUUGAGACUUUUUCUAUUUAUUGACAAAUCGAAACCAAAGAAAACCUUUUUCUGCACCUAACUGUUCCAACAAAAUGGAAAAAACUAACUGAAGAUGGAAGAGAAUUAUUACCAAAAAAAAAAGAAAGAAGAAAACAAAAACAAAAAAAGAGUGGUGGCGACGAUGUCGAGGAUGGAGGAUGACGACAACGACGACAAGGAGGUUAGAAGGAAGGAUGACAUCAUGGGAUCGGAGAAGUAGCUUUGUUCCGCCUGAUGUUGCGUCAGGUCAUCUUUAAGGGGAAGCAAGUUUGGGGACUGAAAAGGGUAAAACCACACGGGAAGGAGGGAAGGAGCGAACGGAUGACACCGUCGGCUAUUUUCUUGCCUCCGACUUCCAAAAAAAGGCAGAACAUUAAUGUGUCUCUCACGGUUGAAGAGUGUCUUUAACGUGUGCCUAUGCAGUUUUUCAAAGUAAAAAAUGGUUAAAAGAACAACAGAAACCUCAUCAGCUAACAAACCAAAGAUUCACCGUUAACUCAAGUCGCAGUCCUCCUCCCCCCCCGAAAAGGUAAAUCUGGACUUUUCACUCGGUAAUUAUUAUUCUACUACAUCUGUUGUAGCAAAAAUAUCUAGCUUAAACUCCCCACAGCGGACACUUUGUACAGAUUUGUACAGUAGGCUAUUGUAUCUUUCUAAGGUAAAAUGAAUACAUCUGGUAUUUUGAUUGGUCAUUCCUCCAGCAUGGCAUCAACACAUCAUAGUAAUAAAUCCUUCACACCCACGGCUAUGGCCACAUGUUACCACAAACUUUUGACGCUCAAAAAGAGAUAAACGAUUGCAAGUUUCUCAGAUGGCUGCUGUUGCUGUUUGUGCGUUUUGUUUUUCUUACCACCACAAGUCAUUACCUAAUCCACAGGACAAAGUCUACCUCCAACAAUCUCCAGCAGUAGAAACAAAAGCUGCCAGGCAACAGUACAGUGACGGUUUAUUCCCCCCCUGCUUCACAUCCAUACAGUUUGACACAAGCAGCUCGGUGUGUCAGGAUUGAGAAAAAAUAUCAACUAGUUGUUAAUAGUUACUUAAAAGCUUCCAUCUUCCCUUUUGCUUCCACCCACCGGGGAUUCAAAUAGGCCACUUUUUUCAUUUUAAACUGGCUGUUGUCCGGCACACUUCCUACUGCGGAGAGAGUGACAAUGUAAUGCUAUGUGAAACGUACAGUGCAUACCAAAGAUUUUCUGCUGUACAAACAGUAGCACACUGACACCUUUUUUAUUUUCUCCAUACCCGUUUAAGAGUCUAAUACAGAUCCUGGAUCUGUAAUCUAGAUCGAUCAAUGUCUUUUACACAAAGUCACUCACAGUGUUGUUUAACUCACUGCCUCUGAGUUUUUUAACUUUUCAACCCAAACCCAGAAGAUACCAGCUGAAGCAGACUGGCUCAGGUUGUUUCGAGCAGGAUUUGGACCGUUGUACCAAUUAUGACAUUCAUCAUUUAAUCUACAAAUAAAAAUACAAAGCAAACAAAAAAAGAAACUAACUGAAAAACUAAGUGUCAUUCAUUCUGAACGCUAAGUUCCACAGGGGUUUCGAAUCCAAAAUAGCAUCUCACUCACUUUUCUUGUUUGAGAUACGUCAAUAACAAUAUGAAUUUGAAACGUGGAAACAACCCACUGAAUUCCAGUUAUAAGUAGCAUAGAUGUGGUACCAGACCAAAUUCAAUGGACGGAGGAAAAUCCAGGGGACGAAAGUCUGCUAGUUGAGUUUUUUAGCUAACAAAAAAAGAAGCAAUGCUGGCUCGGGUGGAAAAGUUUUGAAACUGUCUAUCAUAACAGCACAGUUUGUUAAAGCUCGCACUGCCAUGCUGGAGGAGGAGCCUCACAGAGAAAGUGAUCAUUGGGUAUGCUAACCGUCCGUAGCUAACAAACCCACGUUAGCUUGUUCUUUAGGGGGGAGGAACUACACUGCUGCUCCAUUUAUACAACAACAAUAAAUGAAACAAAACCAAAAAAACACUACGCCCACUGAGAGAAACUGCUAAAAUAUCGGUCAAAUAGCUUUAUCCUUAAUUUUCUCUCUCUUUCUGUAUGUAAAGCUUCUAGUCCAAAGAAAUCCUCCGCCCACCUGACCCUCCCAUCCUGCUGAUCACGCCCAACGGAGGGGCGUGGCUUGUGGAUCAGGGGGGUGGCGGCCAUUUUCCAUUCCCACUUUGCAGUUCUGUCUGGAUGUAACACAGGCUAAACCUGCCAAACCAAAAAAAAAAAAAAAAAAAUGGGUAUGAAACCAAAAAAUGUCCCAAAGAGGUUUUCAUUGCUUGUUUAUUUUUAAGUACUUAAAACAAUUAUUUGCCAAUGCCUAUGUGUCUACUAUUAUUGCUAUGUUCCUUCCUAGGUUUUUGCAAUAUGUGAUUUUCUUUUUUUAAUUUAAUGUAAUUUAUGUUUUCUUUUUAAUUGUGAAUUAAUUUAAGCGAACAAAUUUUGUUGCCAAAUCUCCCUCUGAACCCUUUUACCCUUGAUGAUUAGCUUUGCCAAAGUUUACAUUGUAAAUGUUCCCUUUUCUUUCUGUUCUGUAUUUAUUUAUGAGGUGUUUUAGAACACACUAGUUUUGUACUUCAUAAUUUAAUGUUAUUUAAUUAGAUGUAAUUGUUUUUUGAUGAAUAUUUAUGGGUAUUUAAGAAUAGUAGGUUGCAUCAAAGAUGCAGUGCUUAUGCCAGGCCUGUUAAUUUAUUCUUAGUUAGCUUUACUUUAAAAAGCAAAUGCAAUGUUGUUUUAUGAAUGUUUAGACUUAAUGACAGAACAAUGUAGGAAUGUCAGAUUAGACUUGCGUACUUCUGAAUGUCAACACUUGCUCUCACUUUUUAGCCAAUCUAGUUUUUUGUCCUGGUAAUGAUUUGUCUUUCUUUUUUCUUUUUUUUUCGAAAAUGAAAACAAUCUCUUUAUGACAAAUAUUAGCCUACUGAAUGAUGAGCACUGCAUCUGUUUAUUCUUUUCCUCCCUGUGUUUUUGUAUGGCUAAUUUAUUGGGGUUUUUUUGUUUUGUUUUUAAUUUGUUUGCCUUCUGCUGACCAUUGUUGAACAAGCAAUGAAUUUCAGACUGAUGUUCUAGUGACACUUGAUCAGGUGAAGUAAGGGCCACACGUUGACAUAAACUGACUCACCAAAGAUAACUGGAAUCCUUGAGAGGCCAAUAAACAGCGUGUGUUUACAUCCGCGCAGCUCAUACCCUGGUUAAGGUCUUAUUCAUACAUUGAAAUUAUAUACAGUAUUAACAUGUUCAAAAGUGCCAUUUUAUGUCCCAAGAAGAAAGAAAGAAAGAAAGAAAGAAAGAAAGAAAGAAAAGCGUUUUAGAAUCAAACCGAUGUCUUGUCUCAUACAUCUGCAUAACUAAAUUGAACAAUAUCAUAAAUGCUCUUAGACUAUGGAAGGCCAAAGAGACCAUGGGUAAAUAUAAUUGUAAUUAUUUCACGUUAAGGACAACAUUUUUAUUUUAUGAUCACAACCUUAAGAAGCCCCUAAGGAGACAUGAGCAACAGCUUUUCUAGUGCACACCAGCUUUAAGGAGUAACUUAACACUAAAUCCACUUUUCAAGUUAUUAAAUAAGAUGUACAGUCACUUUAUUUCACUAUCUAUUGAUCCCGCUUUCAUUUUGUAGCGUUCAUUGCAACAGAAGAGAAAAUCCAGUAAUUCUGUCAGGGUGUGUCAACAUAAAGUAUGACGUGCGAUUAGAAUCCCAGAGAAAACCUGCUGAUAUCCAACUUUUUCUAUGAUUCUCUAUGUCGGUAUAAGAUCUUAUCCAGGUUAUUGUAAACAGAAUGGGAUGUUAACACACAGCACCUCUACAGGAAAAUACCUGCUGUGUUUCCUAUUUCCCCCCCAAAUAUUGGUGUGUGUGUGACUGCGUGAAUGCAAACACACCAACUUGUUUCACUCGUUAGGAAGGAAAACUGAGGAGUCCCUUAAAGCUAGCUGCUUCCAAGACUGACUUUGUGUGUGUGUAAAAAAAAAAAAAAAAAAAAAACUUUCUAUUUCAAUAGUGAGAACCAGAGAGGCUACCUCACUGACUUUCCAUUUGUCCUUUUAAUCGUGUUGAUGAAACCAAAGAAACCAAAGAUUUUUGUCGUCUUCAGUACGGUCUGCGCUCAGCUCCAUGCGUUUGUGCUCUUCUCUUAAUGAUGUUGCCUCAUAAUAUCCUCUUUUCUACUUUCUCCUUUUCUCUCCCUCCCUCUUUCUCUCUUUUCCCUCCUUCUCGCUUGGCCUUGCAUUGUCUCUUCUCCUUGAAAAGACGUGAGUGUGAAUCGGAAAGAGGCAGGUGUAGUGCGGGGAUGCUGGAUAUCAGGGAGUGCAAGCAGACAAAAGGCUUGUGGAGAAGAAAGAAAAGAACUCCAAACUCAAAUGUAAAAAAAAACAAUUGUUAGGCAUUGUUAGCCAGAAAGAUGAUAUAUAUACUGUAUAAUGUAUAUGUGACUGGCAAAUAAUAAUAACUAAUGAUGAUCAGAUAUGGACUCAGGGGGUUCUGCGUUGUCCAUUGUCCGUUUUUUUCCCAACACAAUUUGCCAUCUAAUUACCGUUAGCAAAACAAGGUAAAUAGUUACCCUAUUUUGCUAACGGUAAUUAGAUGGCUGACUGUUAUCAACGUUGUGCUGCUUUGCAGCCACAGUGAUGCAAUGCUGCUUUAACCCUUUGUACUCAAGGCUGAACUUUUCUGUUUAAGUGGGAGGAACUGUACUUAGGUACAGGGGUGCUUUUAUCUGAAUGCUAACAUUAGCAUGUAACAUCUUACCUGUCGAAAGAGACGUCUGUAAAUCAGUGGAUACCUUUUUUGGGAGUGCCACAACCCCCUGCAAAAUAACUUGUUUUACCAUCAGAAUGUGAUACAUUCGGUCCAAUAACAUUUGGAAAGAGCCUAGAAGAGCCGCAUAAUUAAAUAAUUUCAUCCCCAUUCAAGUUAGCGGAGUAAACCUAGCAAGCUCAGCAGGCGGCGGUCCAUAGUGUGCCUGCUCUAUGGGCCCCAUAAUGCAGAAGCAGCACCGUACAUCCGGGUAAUUUAAACGCGGCAGUUUAGAACCUUUUGGGCUUCAUCCACCACUGAGCACCUCUCAUAGGAAUGAACAGGGCUCCACCUCGAACAUUGUAUCCAGUUCUUAUAAUACAUCCAUGGCUCACAAUGCCAACACUAAAAUGCUGAUGUUUAGCAGGCAAUGGUUACAAUAUUAACCAUCUUUAUUUAGCAUGCUAACAUUUGUGAAUUAGCACUAAAAGUCAUGUCAUUAGUCUUAGGUAUUAGGUAUUUGGUUAUAGACCAAACUAUAGGACAAAUAGGAAGUUUGACCUGAUGAUGGCGCUACAUUAAAAAUCACAGGUUCACCAAAAUGAUUACAAUUUAUCCUGUGGGGACCUUGAAUAUCUGUCCUAAAUUGAACGGCAAUUUAUUUGAUAAUAUAUUAGAUAUUUUAGUCUGAACCAAAGUGGUGGACCGACCAACCGAUUGGUGAGCAUGGCUAAAAAUCCUGCAGAAGCAGCAUUUUGAUUGAUGUUGAGACUGAACAUUUAAGAGUAAAUAACGUAGUAACGCAAAAACCCUCCAAAAAUGAAAUCUGAGUUUGUUGGUGAACUUUUUGGUUCUGUUUUACGGCCCCUAAACUGCCUCCACACAACCAAAAACACAACCCUGAGAUAGAUGAUGUUACUAAAAAAAGUCCAUGGACUUUAUACUGAUCACACACUCCUAGCUCAUGCAGGAGAGUGAAGGACAAGUACAACUACAAGUUGUCUCAUGUUUUCAUCAGUGUGGUGAUUGAAGGCUGAGGAGUCGCAUCUCUUAGAAGACAUGUCAUUGUCUAUGUAAUCAUUUGAUGCAGUUAAUAAAACAACAUUGUUUUUCCAUUAAAGCAGCAAUAUAAAAGUAGGGUUAGGUAUAUACAAUGGUGCCAUUUUUCUUCCAUUUUUACAAGCAGUUGGCUUAAAAAUGAACCAGGGAAGGCCAAUGGCGUAGUAACAAAUGUGUGGCUUGUCCUGGUUAGAGUCAAGGGUUGAGCCAGUUUUCAGACUCCUGCUGUUGCACUUUGCGUUUCCAAAAAGCAAACAAAGAAAACACAAGACAAAAAGACGUAGAGAUCACUUUUGUUGCAAAGUAUGAGAUAACCUUGGAUGAGUGCCUUGCUUGAACCAAAGCGAAGUCUAGUCCUCUCCGUUGUGCUACACUUUCUAUUUCUGUGAAAAGUAAAUACCUCAGCACUCUGAGUUUCCUCUUGCUCUCUGGUACUUUGCAAUGUAAUCAGCGCAAAGAAAUCCUGAGUCAAUACCAAAGGCUUUUUGUUCUGUUUGACUCUUUCCUUUUACUAUCCCCUCUCUUUUUCUUUCUCUAUGAUGUCUGAGCUGGGUUUCCACGGGAAAGAUCUGUUUUUAUAAGCUUAUCAUCUUCUCACAGCUAUCUAGAAAAAAAAAAACAAGUCCAAUCUGAUUCCCCUUGUGUUUUUAGACGGAUCUGAAAUGAUGAGGCUACAGCUACAUUAACUGAAAAAAAAAAUAGUUUAAAUUAAAUUUGAGUUAUUAGCAUUUGAAAACGAAUCUCAUGUUUGUUUCAAGCAGCAAAAUGAGAUGGAGUCAACACAUGGAUUAAUACCAAUAAUACAAAAGUUGCUAAAUACCGGUAGGCUAUAUUACUUUAUGAUCAUCCAUGAUCUAGCCGAGUUAUUUCGUGCUGUUAACCUGUUUUCUCAUGAACACAGACUAAUCUUUUGAACUUAUUAUAAUAUCAGUCUCAACACAUUCUAACGCCCAUCGCAUCAAAAGUCACGCUUGGUCAGGUGCCUUUGGUCAGGUGUUUGUUAUUGACGUAAAAAGUCUCCUUUAACGUCAUAUUUAGACAUACUCAGUCGGGACUCUCGGCGUCACUAUUUGAAGCUCUGGAUCGGGACGGACGUUUAACUGACAAAGAACAGGACAGUUAGGUUUAGGAAAAGAUCGUGGGUGGGGUUACAAAAUGUACGUUUCAGUGACACGCGGGACAAGAACGGGACACGAACCCCCGGUCUCCUGGAUAAAAGUCCGUUAUAAAAGUGUUGUUGUUUGACCCAUCCACCACCCCAACCAACCUCCUUAUGCUUUCAGUCUUUUAUACUACACGCUAGCAUUGCCGCUAAAGGGUGAUUUUUGCGUCGUUUUUUCCGUCGCUGAGAGUGAACCAAGCGUCAGUAUUUUAAGAGUAACAUAAGAAUAUGUUCUUGGGAUCACAGGAUAGUUGUUUUAUGAUUAAAGGGACGCACAUAUUUUUUUCUGUUGACUGAAAACCAAGCUUGUUCUUCUGAGAUCUUGAAUUAACUAAUCGUGCAGUCUCAUCUUUAUUGGCACGACCAUUAAAACAAACAGUAUUUAAUACAAACUAUCUGACCUAAGCUUUGUUGGAAAUGCAGCUCCUUCCCACCAUCCUCCUUCUCUUUCUUCAAAUGGUUGCAAAGCUUUAAAUGAUGAAAAAGCAUGAGACAAACGUGUGCGAGUUGUGCGCACACCGUGCUCUCUUUACCAAACUGUUGCAGAUAUACCUCAUAGACACUAGUGUUAGGAUGAUGUUAUAAUAGCGUAUGUCAUAAAUUAUUCACUUGCUUUUCUUCCUUUUUUUUUUUUUGUUGGUAACUGUAACUUUAAAGCGAAACAAAUGUGGGAAAAAAAGCUUUACACAUUUUUAAGUUGUGAUUUUUUUGUAAUAGUUAAAAAGUUGCGCUAAAACCAAAAAUGAAAAAUGCUUGUUUUCUUCUAUGCUCUCUUUCUUGUUGAUGUAUUGCUGUUUUCUCUCUGUCCCAUCUGCCGAGGAUUGAGUGAUUUAUAAUUUCAAAUCUUUUUUUGUUUCUUAAUUUUAGUCUCUGGUUCAUUUGAAGGGGUCAUUGUCCCCUCAUGUGGAAAUUCUUAGGAUUGGGAACGAAUGUUGGAAUGAUGCCCAGAAUAAUACCGGCUUCUUUGAUCCAUCGGUUUUGUUUAAAUCCAGCCACUUUUUUAGUUUGUUUUUAUGCAUCGUUUUUUUAAAGUCAUGUUUUGGUGUCCUUCCUUUCCUGUUCUAAUGUUAGCAUCACAGUUACAUUAUCCGUACAGCAGUGCUAUAGCCCAGAUUUUAUGCAUGAGUAUAUUUACGAUUAGCUAGCCGUGUAAUGCAUUGUGAUACUUAUUAGUAACCUUAUUAUUAUUAUCAUCCUCUCAUUUCAUUUCCAAAAUGGUACGCUAUACACACAGAACUUUGCGUUGCAUCUCGCUAAUGUAAGACCUUUGACCUGCUAAUAUAAACCUUGUUUCCAUUUAAAUCGGGUUCCGAGGGCGAAGCGUCAGCGUCUAUGAGAAAACAUCAUGAGGUUUUCCAUGAGCUACAGACAGUUUACAUGGGUUCAUCAUGCAGCAGUCUGUAAUCAAAGCUGAAUCAAGUCUGCAAAAUAGGCUUUGAACAACAAGAGUGAGAGAACAAAUGGCCCCAUGAACAAAAUAAAGUAAGACGAAAAACAUCAAAUGUUUUUCUCUAUCUAUCUGGAUUUAAGUUACUUCAGCAUCAGAACAUUGUUAUUGGCAAGAUUUACAGAGUUUCAAAGAGACGGGAAUAUCAAACGGAAAAAAUUAACUCAACAAGUUUGAAAGGCCAAAAUAAAUAAAAUUAUGUUUGUAUUAAAGUUCAUGCAGUGUUAGUUUAAGGAAAACCAAAGUACAUUUUAAAGCACUUCUAGUCCUACCUUUCUUACAUUCCUGAUUAGCUUCAGAGCAUCAAGCAACAUCUGAACUUAGGAAAACCUUUUUUCUGAUUGGAACAUAUUUUCAAAAUGAAAGAAAUGUGCUUAAAAAUUGCAUGGUUUUUUUUGGAUGGCCAUGAGGUUCAGAUGCAAGAUAUUUCAGAUGAAUUUUACCACAAAGAAUAAUGCGCUAAAUGAU